UACUACCUUCUAAGGAUGGAAGAGCUUACCCCCCCCCUCUUGGAUAAUUCUAUUCCCCUCUCUCAUCCAUCAGGUCAACCCGACUCCCAGAGGCCAAGCGAGAAGCUCUUUGGGGCAGUGGGAUCCUCCAUCCUGUUGCCUGGAUUCAACAAAGCUGAUUUUAAGAAUGUGGAACACGUCAAGUGGAUGUUUUCCGGAACAAGAAUUCUUGAUUACUACAGUGUAACAGAAAUACCCACCUUCACCAAUUUGUAUAAGUCUCGAACCACAUUCUUUUCUUCAAAUGGAUCACUGCUCUUAAAAGACAUCGCAAGAAGUGACAGUGGCCUGUACAAAGUGCAGAUUAAUUUGAAUGUCACCAAAGUCUUCCAGCUAAGUGUUCUCGUCGCACUGUCAGAGCCUCUCAUCAGCAAUAAUUCGACCGGCCUGGGCACCACCAUCGCGCUGGUCUGCCGGGUGGACGCGGGGUUCCCAGAUUCCUUCGUGUGGUGGAAAGACAGCACUGUGAUAGCGAAUGGUGAGCACUCUCAGUUCCUGAAGGGUAACAGCACCCUGGUUAUCACUGCGGCCAAGAAGUCUGACUGUGGCGACUACAUUUGCAUGGUGGAGAAUGCUGUGAGCAGGAAGAACGUUUCACAUCGGCUUCUUAUUUAUGGCCUUCCACAUCUGAUACAUAGUACAAUGGUAUUAUCCAUCAUUGCCCUGGUAUUUGCUGUCUCGGUCUUCUUUGGGAUAAUGUUCCUGUGUUUCCGUCUUGACACUGAGAGAAUAGAGAUUAAAUUUCAUGGAAAAGCACUUCGGUGUCUCCACGUGGCAUCCAUGCUGUCAUUAAUCACCCUGCUAGCAGCCUUUAUCUGCUGGAUACUGUUUGAAGGAUAUUGUGAAAUCACAAUAUUUAUGGUGGUGCUUUUGUGUGUCCUACUCAUACUGACCAUAUUCUCGACUUGUAGUAUGGUCACUUGGGAUUCAAAGCGUUUUAACAAGAUCUUGCGGUACAGGAUUUGCCGUGUUACGGUGGAUGCAGUAACUCCAGUCUGUGGGCUCGUUGUUGUGUGUGCAUCAGCGAUUCUGCUUGCUGAAAUUGCAAAACUAACCGGUAAAGGAUGUGAACCACCAAAUGAUCUACUAUCAAGUAUACUUCCUGCUGUCUUUGUGCCAAUGACGCUUUGUGGCGCAUUCUUUGCCCUUUAUGUUUAUAUAUACAGAAAACAGAGGAGAACGCAGCAACUGAGAGGCUCAGCUGAGGAACCAACUAAGGAGAAUCCCGACCAGCCCGUGGGACCUGAGCAGGUGCCGCUACAAGCAGUUUCUGAAGAAAAUGGAUUGAACACAAGGCACUGUGAGGAGGAACCCCAUCAGACCUAGCAGCACUGCCAUCCAACGUGGGGAACCCGAUCCCAAAUAUUGCCACCCUUUCACCAGGAAGAAUUCGCCCUAAAGGAAAAGGGAAGUGACAAACCCUGGGGGGGGGGAUGUGGGUAUUAUCGCCAAACGGUUCAUCCAGAGAGCCUGCUAAUGUUCCGGGCUUCAAAUCACAGAAUUUGGGUUCGAGGAUGAAUCUCAGAAUUGAACGUCUCCUGAUGGCCGUGAAAGUCUGGAGCAGAACGCCAUCUUGUUCAGGUUCGUCAGCAAAUCCUGUGUGUGAGUCCAGCCCCAGAGCCUCCUAACUGCUCUUUGAGGAAUUAGGGAUGGGCAUUGACUGCUGACCCAGCUAGUGACACCCACAUGCGAUGAAAGAUUAAAUUUUUUUUGAAAAAAGAGGUGUGGAACAGGCAAGAAGCAACUGUCCAAACUCAGGAACACUAAUCCAGUGAAGGGAUCUCAUCGGUGCUAACCAUAACGCGACCUCCGUCCACUGACUACUGUCCCCCACCCCCUUGUUUCAUAAGGCCAUUGCAACGGGAAAGCUCUCUGGCCCAGUGAAAAUCUGACCCUUGCAAUUUAAAAUGAAACUUCUCCAAUAAUAUCAGCCUCUUGGAGCACCGGU